AGCAUUUUUCAUAAAAUAAAAAUAUAUAAAACCAAAGGUGGGUUUUUUCUUCACGGGAACACCCCAUUAAAACCAAGCUACGCACAAAGAAUCACUGCUAACCAAACCAAACCAAAACUCCCCACGCUUUCACAGCCAACGAAACAACCCAAACCCCUCAACCACUUGAUUGACACUUUCGUUUCUCUACUACUCAAACAGUCACCAACUCACACCUAAACAAAACUAUGGAAUAUUCCGGCGACAAUGAAUUAGCGAAAACGACAACAACAUUCGACGUGAUUGUAGUCGGCGCCGGCGUCAUGGGAAGCUCCGCCGCGUACCAUACGGCCAAGCGAGGCGAAAAGACUCUCCUCCUCGAGCAAUACGACUUCCUCCACCACCGCGGCUCCUCCCACGGCGAGUCACGCACCAUACGCGCCACCUACCCGGAGGAUUACUACACGCCUUUGGUCCUCAAGUCCCACGCGCUCUGGCAACGGGCCGAGUCGGAGAUCGGCUACAGGGUCUACUUCAAGGCCCGCCAGCUCGACAUGGGCCCGUCCGAUUCCAGAACUCUCCGGGCCGUCAUCUCCACGUGUCAAAAACACUCCAUUCCUUACCGGGAACUGGAUGGCCCAAAACUCCACGACGAGUUCUCCGGCCGGGUCCAGAUCCCGGAAAAUUGGUCCGCGAUCUCGACCGAGUACGGCGGUGUCAUUAAGCCCACGAAGGCCGUUUGCAUGUUACAAACACUCGCCUUUACGAACGGCGCCGUUUUGAGGGACAACACGGAAGUGACUGAGAUUAAGAGAGAUGAAAACGGCGGCGUUUUGGUGGUUACGGCCAAUGGGGAGGUUUUUAAGGGAAAGAAGUGUAUUGUCACGGUUGGCGCGUGGACUAAGAAGUUAAUUAAGGCCGUUAGCGGGGUUGAAAUUCCAAUUCAGCCCCUGGAGACCACCGUCUGCUAUUGGAGGAUCAAGGAGGGGUAUAAACGCGAUUACGAGCUCGGCAGCGGUGGCGAGGACGGCGGCUUCCCGACGUUCGCCUGCUUUGGCUUUCCAUACGUGUAUGGAACGCCGUCGUUCGAGUUCCCGGGGCUGAUCAAGGUCGCCGUCCACGGCGGGUACAAGUGCGACCCGGACGAUCGGCCGUGGGGCCCGGGGGCGGUUUCCAUGGAGGAGCUGAGGGAGUGGGUCGAGGCACGGUUUUCGGGUCGGGUUGACCCGACGGGUCCUGUAAAGACCCAGCUUUGCAUGUACUCGAUGACUCCAGACGAGGAUUUUGUCUUGGAUUUCUUGGGAGGGGAGUUUGGGGAGGACGUGGUGGUAGGGGCCGGGUUUUCGGGGCACGGGUUUAAGAUGGCGCCGGCGGUGGGGAUGGUCCUGGCGGACUUGGCGCUGAAAGGGGUUGCGGAAGGGGUGGAGUUGGAUAAAUUUAGGUUAAGGAGGUUUGAAGGGAAUCCAAAAGGUAAUGUCAAGGAUUUUGAGGACCAAGUCAAACACUCACAAUAAUCAGUACUGUUGAGAUCAGUCUUCACCAAAAAGUUUGAGGGGUUGUU